GCGCCCCUCCCGUCUCCCCCCAAAAAAGUUUGAGUCGCCGCGGCCGGGUUGCCAGCGGAGUCGCGCGCCGGGAGCUACGUAGGGCAGAGAAGUCAUGGCUUCUCCGUCCAAAGGCAAUGACCUGUUUUCUUCUGAUGAGGAGGGCCCGGCGAUGGUGGCCGGGCCCGGCCCGGGGCCUGGGGGCGCCGAGGGGGCCGCCGAGGAGCGCCGCGUCAAGGUCUCCAGCCUGCCCUUCAGCGUGGAGGCGCUCAUGUCGGACAAGAAGCCGCCCAAGGAGGCGUCCCCGCUGCCGGCCGAAAGCGCCUCCGCCGGGGCCACUCUGCGGCCACUGCUGCUGCCGGGACACGGCGCCCGGGAAGCGCACAGCCCCGGGUCCCUGGUCAAGCCCUUCGAGACCGCCUCGGUCAAGUCGGAAAAUUCAGAAGACGGAGCGGCGUGGAUGCAGGAGCCAGGCAGAUACUCGCCGCCGCCAAGACAUAUGAGCCCCACCACCUGCACCCUGCGGAAACACAAGACCAAUCGGAAGCCACGCACACCCUUCACCACGUCCCAGCUCCUCGCCCUGGAGCGAAAGUUCCGCCAGAAACAGUACCUCUCCAUCGCAGAGCGUGCAGAGUUCUCCAGCUCUCUGAACCUCACAGAGACCCAGGUCAAAAUCUGGUUCCAGAACCGCAGGGCCAAGGCGAAAAGACUGCAGGAGGCAGAACUGGAAAAGCUGAAAAUGGCUGCAAAACCUAUGCUGCCCUCUGGCUUCAGCCUCCCUUUCCCCAUCAACUCGCCCCUGCAAGCAGCAUCCAUCUACGGAGCAUCCUAUCCUUUUCAUAGACCUGUGCUCCCCAUCCCGCCCGUCGGACUCUACGCGACUCCAGUGGGGUACGGCAUGUACCAUCUAUCCUAAGGACCAGCUCAAUAGACUCCAUGUUGGAUGUUUGUUUAAACGCGUUCCCUCUCUCUCUCCAAGAAAGCGGUCCCAGGCCAGUGCUCCUGUCCUGGAAACCUUGCUUACACCACCCUAAGCGACCAGGCUGGCAGGGCCGCAGGUAGAGUUCGAACUUGUUCUUUAGACUGGAGACACCAACCCCUGUUUUCUUGGUGUAAUCUUCCAGAUGUCCCCUACUCCUUCCACACAGAUUGGCUCUGAUGGUUUUUAUAUAUAAAUAUAUAUAUAUAAUAAAAUAUAACAUUUUUAUACAGCAUACAUAAAAAUUUGAAUUAUUUUGAAAGGCAAAAUUUGUAUACAUAUAUAUCCUCUUUUCUAUAUAUCAUCUUCCUAAAAGAGACUGCUUAAAUCUAUUUGUUGUCUUUUCUUAUAGUGGGAGACAAAUUAUUUGCUAAAAUUGCUGAAAUUUGGUGAUCUUGUCAGGAUAAUUGACUUUUGCUUAUGGAAAACAAAUACUAGAAUUAGACACCAUAUGCAUAGACGGUGGUUAUGGAGAGAUUCCUUCAAGUGACGGGGACACAUGUUUUGCAUUUUUACAUGCUUUAAAAAACUCAUUAGAUAUUACUAUAUUUGGCCCUAUUUUUUUCCCCUCUACACAUUGCUAAAGUUUUACCUUUUCCUUUUUUUUUUGUAAGAUCAAUAAAAGGGGGAUGAGAAGAAUCCUGAGAGUGCCUGGGGUAAGGUGGAAAAUGGAAGUUCUUCCUAAUUCCUCUCGAGGCUGUUGCUUAACUCUCUUUCAGAUAAUUGGAGAGUGCAAAGUUAAAGCAUGCCGGGAGGAAUUGAUGGUUUCUGUGAAAUACUAGGUACGUCAAUCCUCACACGUUGCAAAGGUGAUUUUUUUUGGGGGGGGGGGGAUAGUUCUCUGCUUAAAAAAAAAUGAAUUAUCUUGUAGCCAUUACCUAUAUGCUAAAUAUUCUUGAACAAUGAAUAGAUCCAGAAAGAAAAAAAACAUCAUGCUUUC